AUGGGGAAUCAAUGUUGUGGAAAUCAACCAAUCAAUAGAGAUGCCAAUGAACAGGCAUUUGCCUAAGCUAUUCCAAUAAGAUUAUAAUAAAAACUGAAACCUGAAUCAUAACGAUUUCAUUAAGUACUAAUUUCAAGUGGCGAAAAUGAGAAGAAAGACAUCUUUUCAAACGAGAGACAACAGGACUUCAUUUUGAAUCUUAAACCAUAUAGCCAUUUAGCCACUAAUGAUUCUGUUGUUGUAUCAAUACGAGUGGUUUGUCAUGACUAUUCUUACAAAGAUGAGUUGGAUUGGUACAUUGAUGAAUCUGUGAUCAUCGAUCCUAAUUGUUUUGAAACAUCCUUAUUGAGAGUAAUCGACAAGAAAACAGGUAAUAAAUACACAUUAAGAGUGAUCAAUUUUAAUGAUUAUGAAGAUUACGAAUUCAAAUAGGCUCUAUAUUAAAUCUAUAUCAUGCAAAUGAUUGGAAAUAAAUCUAAGAAUUUGAUAUCCUUACAUGAUUGUUACAUUUUAGAAAAUGAAGAUAAAGAAUACUCUAAGGGAUCGAUCAUUUUAUUGAUGGAAUAUUGCGAUUCAACAUUACAUGAAAUAAUAUCUUUUCGUAAGUUCCAUAAUUGGUAAUGGACAUCUGAUGAAAUAAGACAUGUAUUUGGAGAAUUGGCAUAAGCUUUAGGAUAACUAGAAUAAUUGAAUAUCACUCAUCGAGACCUACGUCCUCAUAACAUUUGGUAUUCCUCUUAAGCCAAAACCUAUAAAAUUGGAGGCUUUGAAGAGGCAAAACUUGUUAAAAAAGCAUAAACUCUACAUAACCAAUUAUCACUCAACAAUUUGGGAAUCAAUAUCUAAUAAGAGAAUGAAGAAUUAUUGAAUACAAUCAGAGGUGUACCCGAUUAUUUGCCUCCAGAAGUUUAGAAGUAUGUAGAUGCAAGUGGAGCACAGACUGUUGGAAGAUACAAUCCAUUCUUAGCUGAUGUCUAUUAAUUAGGCUUAAACAUUUUGAUGAUGGAUUAAUUGGAAGUCAAUUUUGAAAGCUCUGAAUUAAGGAAUGAAGUGAAAAAACUGAAUAAUCAAAGAGCUGGCAGUAGAGGUAGUAGUAAUGACUAUCAUGAUGUCUUAAAACUCAUGUUAGUAGGCGAUGAAUCAAGUCGUUUAACUCCUGCUGAGUUGUCUCUAUUUACUAAAUCAUAUUUAUCUGAAAUGCCCCUUAACGAAGACAAUCUUGUUGAAAGCAUGAAAUAUAAAAAGAAGUAUGCUGGAAUCGAAUCUACUAAAGUUUAUUAAUUGAUUGCUGUUGCCUAUUAUGAUCUAUUCGAGUGGGAAAAGUGGCUAGAAAAAAUGGAGGAAAUCUUAGUUACUUAUGAAAAUGCUAAGGAUGAUCUCCAUGCUGCAGAAGUACUGUUUGAUAUUGCUAAUGGAUUUAUUGAUAUCAAUAAUUUGACUAGUGCUUAAGAUUAUUUUAUGAAGGCUAGCAUUCUAUACAAUGAAAUAGGUCAUUAAUUAAGAGAACAAAGCAAAUUGAAUGAAGCAUUAGAUAAUUACGAAAGAGCUCUGGAUUGUAUUAGAAAAGCACAUAAUGGAGAUGACAGUUAUGAAGGUGCUCUUCUAUUGGAAAAUCUAGCCAAUGGAUAUAGAUUACAAGGAAAUCUAGCCAGGGCUCGUUCAUUUCUAGAAGAAGCUUGUAGGAUUACUGAACAAGAAAAAGGAGCUGAUAGUCUAGAAUUUGCUAAAAUGAGCAUCAACUUAGGAAAGGUUCAUUCCUUAUUAGGUGAUUAUAAGCAUGCACUCAAAAGAGUUAAAAAAGGACUCAGAAUUACUGAAGGACAUACCUCUGGAAAUUAGAAUCUAUAACAAAGUAUGUUAAGUUACAACAAUUAAAACUAAUAAUUGUAAAAUUCUGCUUUGUUAUUGAAAGCUUAAGGAUUAACUAUGUUAGGAGAAGUCUAGAGAUUGAAAGGAUCUCUAGGGAAGGCUAAGAAAAGCAUAGAGGAAGCAUUAGCCAUUAGAGAAAAACUUUAAGGCUCUGGAAAUUUGGAAGUGGCUUCAACAAUAGAAGUGUUAGGGAAUGUAUUUUUUGAGAUGGAAGAUUUUCAUUAAGCAAAAUCCUAAUAUGAAAAAGCUUUGGUUAUUAAAAAAAGUAAGUUAGGAGAAAAUCAUGUUGAAAUUGCCUUAACAUUGAAUAACAUAGGAAAUUCUUGUAAGCAUCUAGAAGAAUAUGAUAAAAGCUAGAAAUUCUUCGCAGAUGCAUUAGUUAUCUUAAAGUAAUCUCAAUCAGGAGAUGAUCAUCCACUUGUUGCCACAACAUAUGGAAAUCUUGGUAUCUUAUUAAAAUAAAUUGGAAACAUUUAAUCAGCUUAAUAAUGCCUGACAAAAUGUAUUCAAAUCUUAGAUAAAACACUUCCAAAAAAUCAUCCCGACUCUUUAUUUUAUAGAGAAUAAUUGCAAGAAAUAUAUUAAUGA